AUGUCCUCCCCGCCCGGACCGGGCACUCCAAAUGGCAAUGAAGUUACCGCCAAUGACAACGUCAUGAACUCGGUUGCAGAUGCGAGCAAAUCGCUAUUUCAGAUCUGUGUUGGGCUACGCCAGCGGUUGAAAGGCGUGCCGGGUUGUGAGGAGGCGUUCCUGCAGAUUGAGCAAGAGGCGGAAGAUGACACUGACCCCGUAACAUUGCUGUGGCGCACAAUACGCCGAGGACAACCUCUUAUUUCAAUUUACACAUUGCUGCGUCCGGGGCAGCCUAUGAAUCUCCCUUCUGCCACUGGUCCAAAUUCAGACAUCAAGAGAGGAAAGGCUGCAGCGUUCAAAUUUUUGCAAGCCUGUAUCACCGACCUCAAAAUUCCGCAGGAAAAACUUUUCAUCAUCACAGACCUCUAUGCCGAUGACACAACUGGAUUUGUCAAAGUAGCGAGAGUUGUAAAUUGGGGAUUGGAUGAGUUGGUACGCCGAGGAGAUAUUGAAGACUUUCGCACGCGGGGAUCCGACCUUGAAGGAGCGGGUAAAGGAAAACGAACACAACGGCAGCACAUUAUUGCGGAAUUGGUCACGACUGAACGCACAUAUGUCACACAUCUGGAAAUCCUCCAAGCUUUCAAAAACAUGGUAGAGGAGAAAGGUAUUAUUCCAGGAGACGCGUGCCAUCACAUUUUCCUCAACCUCAACAACCUUUUGGAUUUUCAGCGAAGAUUUUUGAUCCGUGUGGAACAAAUUAACUUCUUACCCGAAGAGGAGCAAAAUUGGGGAUCCAUAUUUCAACAAUGGGAUCAAGGCUUCAAAGUCUACGAACCAUACAUCGCCAAUCAGGCAAAAUGCGAGCGCAUGGUCGUAGCGGAGUUUCCUCGAUUAAAGGAAGCAGGUGGAAGCAUCGAGAUGCGACAGAUGGUGGAGUCCGCAGCUUCUCUUUAUGGCUUCCUCAUGAAACCCUUUCAAAGAUUGAGUAAAUAUCCGCUGCUCUUAGACGACUUGUAUAAGAAAGGUGAUCUGGAUGAGCAAAAGAAACAGGAUCUUCUCCUCGGAAAAGAAGUCGUCACCACCAUUCUGCAGGAUGCGAAUAAGGCUGUGGACGCCGAGCAAAAGCUCGGAUUGGUCCGGGAACUCAGUGCGCGCGUCGAUGAUUGGAAAGGGCUGGACCCAGAUGCCUUUGGAAAAUUGCUGCUAUACAGCCCAGUCACAUUGCUGAAAGGCGAUAACGUGUCAAACAGCAAGGAUUCGGAAAGUCAGUUUUUCCUCAAGAGUGAUCAGGAGGAGCAAUUCUUCAUUUAUCUCUUUGAGAAGAUUCUUUGUUGCUGCAAGCCAAUUGAUCCUGCCAAGCCGAAGAGCAAGCUUGGGUCCAGGAACAAUGUGCCGGCUGACAAGAACGCGAAGCCGAAAUAUCAGCUCAAAGGUCGGAUCUUCAUGCAAAACGUCACAGACGUCGUGUCUUUCAUCAAGCCAGGCUCAUACACAUGUCAAGUUUUCUGGAACGGCGGCUCUACCAUGGAGCAUUUCGUCGUCCGGUUUGCUUCAGAGGAGCUCUUGACGAAAUGGUCGGCACAGCUUCAGACCCAGCGGCAAAUCGCCGUCGACAGGGAGAACCGCAAAAGGAUGCAUGCACGUGCAAGUGACGGCGUACGAAGCGGUACCAGCUCUACCGAAUUCUCAUAUCUACAAAAUCAACCGACACUGGAGAAUCCACACUUACAAGAUGAUGACGACGAAGAAGAGGACGAGGAUGGAGAGGCCAUGGCCGGCAGCAUGAGAAGCUGGUCUUCCAAUAACUUCCCUGGACGAACAGCAUACACACAGAACCAAAAUGACAGUACGACCUCAUUACGAUCUCGGAGCACUACUAGCGAGAGUACACAGGCAUCAAUCGGAAUGGCGUCCUCACGAUCACCACCACCCAGGUUCCCUGUCGGCUCCCUACAGCAACAACAGGCACUUGCUGUGCGGACACGAGAUCUUUCUUCUUUCAGCGGACCAUCGCCUGGUAUUGGUGCGAACAUGGACAGCUACUUUUCACCUACAGGUGAAUCGCCAGCUUCCAGCAUCAGGACCAGCGCAAACUCGGGCGUGUACCCUUUCCCCACGCAACAGAUUCCUCAAAACUCAUAUUAUGGUGAGAACCACGGACAGACUCGUUUCACUGCGCCUGCCAUGCCACGACCACAAGCAAGUCGUGAAUCAAGUGGUGCGUCGAACGGCUAUGCACCGCCAGGUAGGGCACCAGCUUCGCGACCUAGCUUCUCCAACAACAUGCAUAGCGCUCAAGCUACCGCAUACAGAAAUCGCUCAGCAAGCAGUCCGGAUAUUCACAAUGCUCAGCGCUUGGCCUUGCGUAGUAACCAGCCUCCAGUUCCUGACAUGCCUACAUCGUACCAACAUUCAGCUCAUGUCAUAAACCGAAGUCAAAACAAUUCACCGAACGUCCCGCACGGUUCACGCGAACGAUUGUACUCUAUCAGCCGACAAGAAGCGUCGCCGACUGAAUAUCCACACAGUGCAUCACGACACAUCCAGCCGGCAAGCGGUGCCCCAAGCCGCAGCAUGACUCCCCUCUCCUCACAACAAUCCUACCAACAAAUGCCCCCUCAACUUCAAGCCUUCCCGGCCGAUUCCGGAACAUCCUCCCAACUCCGCGUCAAGGUCCACUGCACAACCGCCGGCCAGGUUCUCACCCUUGUCGUCCCCACCACCAUCACAUAUUCAUCACUCAAAGACCGCAUCGAUGCGAAACUGCAACGCAGCACGAACCUCUCACUCGGUGACCGUGGGCCAAAAGAGAACCAGGUCAAACUGAAGUAUCUGGACGAGGAUGACUACGUCAGCAUACAAUCCGAUGAGGAUGUACAAACGGCGUUUGAGGCGUGGCGGGAGGCCAAUGGGCAUUUGGCACAGGCGGAUGGCGGCUACGGCAUGGGCGGACUUUUGGGUGAGAUCGAACUGUUUUGCCAAAAAUGA